UGUUAUUUGAACACAAACCGAUUCUUAGCACAAUGAUAAGGAAGAAACAUACAACGAACAGACGCCUUGGAAACAGUUACUGUAACCUUGUGAUGUUUUCCCACUGCAUCAGAAAUGUUCUCCUGAGUCCUGGACAGUGAAAGCAUCCUGUGCUGUGUAUAUUAUUCUCGUCUCCGACGGAUGGAGGAGUGAUGCUGCUGUGGCCACCAGCACUGAGCUCCAAACUCUGGAACUUGUUGUGUGGAGCAGCUGAGUGUUGUUGUGCACAUCCUCAUCCUCAUCCUCCUCAUCAUCAUCAUCUCUCCAUCCUCCUGGGCUCCUCCUCUGCUCCAGACGAAUCGACCGGCAGGGCGAAAGUGCAGCACCGAGCUCUUCGGGCAGAUCAAAAAGACCCCGUGACGCCGUUGCAGCGGUGGCUGGGUACAAAAGCUGGAGAGACAGAGGUUCACACGAUGCCAGAGCGGCUCAACAACUUCCCCCCCCUGCCUGCCAUCCUACCCGUCAAGCCCUGCUUCUACCAGAAUGUGGAGGAGGAGAUUCCCGCCCAGCACCAGCAGCUCGUUCGCCGGGUGUAUAACCUCUGGAUCUUGUACUCAGUCACACUGUGCGUGAACGUGGUGUCAUGCGUUGCCUGGUGGGCCGGUGGUGGCAGCGGGGUUAAUUUUGGCCUUGCGCUACUCUGGCUGCUCCUCUUCAGCCCCUGCAGUUACAUCUGCUGGUUCAGGCCGCUGUACAAGGCUUUUCGGGCAGACAGUUCCUUCAACUUCAUGGUCUUCUUCUACGUCUUCUUCCUCCAGUGCGUCCUCGUAGUCAUCCAGGCCGUGGGCAUCUCGGGGUGGGGUGCCAGCGGCUGGGUCGCGACCAUCCUCUUUUUCAGUGACAAUGUUGGCUCUGCCGUGGUGAUGCUCCUGUCUGCACUUCUCUUCACCGCAGUGGCCGUGUUGAUGGGCCUGGUCUUCAUCAAGGUGCACCGCUUGUACCGAGGUGGAGGGGGCAGCCUUCAGCGCGCCCAGGAAGAAUGGAACAGUGGUGCCUGGAAGAGCACUCCUGCCAGGGAAGCCGAUUUCAACACCAUCUCGAGUGGACCCAGCCUGCCCCAGUACCCCACCGCCGUACCCAGCUACCCUGACAACGGACCGUGGUGAUACUCUGAUUGCCCGGUAGAGGGACACACAGAGCAGACCAGUGUUCGUCUGGCCGGGAAGCCUGGAAAAGCAGCUACAGCUCUGGAUAACAUACUCGCAUGUAAACAGUUAGUGCUCUGCUGGAGGGAAAUGCCAUGUGGCAAACAGACCGCUGCCUUAUUAACACUACACCCUGUUGUUAGCAUUACCGUGUUUUGAUACGACUGAUUAAAAAGGAUCCUUCGCCUUUCUUUGUGGAAGAAAUAGAAUGAUCACAAAUGAGCAGCACAUUUCUGUCGAUAUUCUGCCAUACAGAGUGUGAGUUUGUCAAAACUGGGAGCGCGUCACCUGCUCACAACACACAGCAUACCUAGGGCCGUCUCCUCAGAUCUGUGCUUUUAUGUAAAUCAAAAGUUGCGUAGCGAGUUGUAACAUUUUGAUUCUCAAUAUCAAAACACUGAUUUAUUGAUUCAGCAGUCUGGUAGUAAAAUAGCCACAUUAAUAGCAUGAAGAAAAUAAUCAAUAUACACGUCUAAUUAGCUUUGCCUUUCCAGGCCUCUCACAACACACACACACGUAAACAAUGGCCUUUCAGUUAAUUACAGAAGCUCACUUGGUGUACAGAUCAGUUAGGAUGGGGGCAUCAGCUUUACUUUUGUUCUGCUAAGAUUGCUGAAAAUCAUUAUAAGUAACUUAUGACCAGCAAGUGGGAAGUUCUGGGUGGGUAGCUUCUCUUUCACCUUGCAAGCAUCCUUCUCAAAACGACAUAGCAUGCAAAAUGAUGCCAUUUAUAAGCCCAAUUCUGGUUUGGAGGAGUAGCAGGACUGUGACGUGCGACACAGUGUCUUGUGAUCCUAGAUGGUGUUUCAAGUGAUGUUUCUACAAUAACUGUAAAUGCAAUGUCCACAUAUCUUGGCAGCUCGACCUCCCUCUGCCCGAAAAGGCUGUAAAGCGUCCGGUCUUUGGGCUCCGACACCGACCAGGUGAUGGAGUGCAGAGCUGCAGAAAUUGCUCGAGACCCUGUCCGCUCUCUGCUCUGUGUUUAUCGGUUGUUCCCUCACCUUGGAAAAGUAGGAAACACGAGUCAGUUUUCAGUGGGAAGCUUUGCAUGAAAAGUGUGCUGCACGCAUCCGUCACGCUCCCACUUUACCUUCUCAUUUCCAGCGGUGGUCGGUGUUGGUGCAGGGCUGCUCAUGCGCCGCAACUGCAUCCACUUAAUUCUCACCGGGAAGGCACGUAGUGGUCAUGUGCAGACUUACUAUGGCUACAGCCCUAGAGCUCACUGACAGGGUCUCCCCCCGGUCAGUGCUCUGGGGAUUGGUCAUCUCGACGUCUCCAAGUUGCAUCUGUUUACGAUACUAACAGGUCCCUCUGAUGCUUUCCCAGUGCGUCAUCUCAUUCUUAUAGUUCUACUUCUCAUGUAACUUUUUGUCAGCGAGAUAUGUUUGAGGUAUUUACAUUCAUAUACACUCGUCCCCCGUUGUCUCCUGAUACCUGGUUUGUUCACGUGUCAAUAAUUAACACCAGUCAUCGUUAACCGGUCCAGAUUUGAUUUUCAUAUAUCUGGCCCAUGAUAUCGGACCGGGGCGAAUUGGAAGUUCUCCCCAUAACAAUGGAACAAUUAAUUUCCUUACCUGGUUUGUUGAUAUUCGUUCCGUUUUCAGGGAUGAAUUAGGACUGCUUAACGGGGAUGAGUGUAAUUCACUUUUUUGUAUAUAUUUACAUGUAACUUGAUAUUUUUCUGUUUUUUUUUUUUUUU